AUGGAGCACCUCAACAUGACUGCAGUAACUCCAAACAUCUCCUCCUCUCCUGGACUUCUCCCUUCUCCCUCCGUGGACUCCCGGGGGGUUCUGCCUGCAGCGGUUCUGUCCGUCUGCUUUCUGCUGGGAGUCCCUGGAAACAUCGCUGUCAUCGUCCUGAAGCCGAAUUUUCAGCAGCUGUCCAGCGUGACCAGGCGCCUGAUGUUGAAUCUAGCCAUGUCAGACCUGCUCUGUCUGCUGACUCUCCCGCUGUGGAUUUACAGUUUUCUCUACAACUGGAUCUUCGGUCCGGUGGCCUGUAAGAUCCUGACAUAUAUCAUGUAUUGUAAUGUUUAUAGAAGUUUGCUGACUGUAACUUUGUUGAGCCUCCAGCGCUACAUGCUCAUGGUGCACCAGCAGCUUUACAACCAGACUAAAAUGAGGUUGCUGCUGAUUUUGCUUUGGCCCGUUGUGAUGGUUCUCUCCAUUCCUGCUUUGGUGGUUCGUCAGCUGAUCCCGGAUGAGCAGAGGGUCCACUGCAGAUAUCAGUAUUCCUCCAAAGCCCAGAAAAUAGCUGUGCUGCUGACGGAGACCAUGCUGGGAUUUGUUUCACUUUUUGUUGUAGCAUUGUCAUACAUUCAGCUCUACAGGAAGGUGAAUCGAGCAGCGUUUUUUAACAACCCUCAGACAUCCAGACUGGUGACCAGCAUCGUCGUGGUGUUUGUCCUCCUGUGGAUCCCACACCACACAGUAAACAUACUGAGUGUGGCAGCUACUGCUUUACAUCACGACAGGCUUGAGGAACAUUUUGCAGAGUUGCGUGACAUCGCUAAAUAG